AUGGUGUUACCUCGUUCAAAUCAAACAACUGCAACUCACUAUGAACUAAAUACGAAAAAGUGCCAAACAACAAAAGCGAACAGUAAAACAAAAAAGAAAUCCAAACAACGUGUACUAACUGCAAAGUCCGUUCAAACUAAACGAAAGAAACUAACUAAGCGCGUUGACUUAAACGAUCCCUCGCUUGAUACCAUCACUUUACGACGAAGUCGUCGUCUAAAUCCCAAAACUAAACAAACCACUCCUCUUCCCUACUCGAAUACUAAACUCCAUUCGUUACGACGUACGAAGAAUUCCUGUUCACAUUCAAUCAAACAAGAUCAUUUAGUUUCAUCCAUGGGUUUACGCAAUGGUAAGAUCGUUAAUCUGCGUUCAUUCAUAUCGGAUACGACACCAACUCAAGAAGUCACGGCAACGUCAUUGCCAUUACCUUCAUACAAUCCCUUACCAAUAACGCAUCAAACGUCUGUGUCCUGUACAUCAAAAACUGCACAUCAGCAGAAUAAUAUCAACAACAAUAAUAACAAUAACAAUAAUAAUGAUUUCAAUUUGCUCUUUUACUAUUCGAAUCUUACGAAUCAUCCUUCAUUAGAUCCGAGUAAUUAUUUUCCCGCACGAUUAGAUAUUCUUCUUGAUCGCCCGCCUGCAUCACGUGAGAAACAAUUGGAAUACGCCUGGAAUCAUGAAGAUCGUUCGAUGAACAUUUUUGUUAAACAUAACGAUCCAUGUACUUUUCAUCGACAUCCUGUAGCACAAAGUACCGAUGCUGUUCGCUGUAAAAAAGGCUUCUCCAGUGGAAUACACGUAUGGGAAAUAGAAUGGAAUACGAGACAACGUGGUACGCAUGCAGUCGUUGGCGUUGGAACAUUAAAAGCUCCACUUCAUUGUCCCGGCUAUCAAGCACUAGUUGGUAUGACUCAAGAAUCCUGGGGAUGGGACUUGGGUCGAAAUAAACUCUAUCAUAAAGGCAUCAAUAGCGUUUAUGCAUCAACACAGAACCCUUCUACUCCAACAAACUUUUCUGGCCUAAUGCCAUCAACGACAACAUCAUCGACAAUGACUGAUCCAGCAGAUGCAUUGAACAAUAAUGGCAUCGCUUAUGCAACAAAAUCAGAUGAUUACUUUGUUGUACCUGAUAAAUUUCUUGUGAUUCUCGACAUGGAAGAAGGAACAUUAUCAUAUAUUGUCGAUGGACAAUAUUUAGGUGUAGCAUUCAGUGAUUUAAAAGAUAAAGGCACACUUUAUCCAAUGGUUUCAUCGGUAUGGGGACAUUGUGAAAUAACCAUGCGGUAUAUCAAUGGCUUAGAACCUGAACCUUUUCAGCUGAUGGAUACAUGUCGUCGUGUCAUACGUAAACAAAAACGACAGCCUCUUAAUGAAAAUAUCGCGAAGAAGCGACAGGAGGUUGUUUAUCGACCCUCAUUGAUGAAAAUGGCACAUGUGACAAGAACAUUUUGGACGCAAGCCGAAGCAUUAGACUACAUUGUUGAAAAACAGAAAAAUAAUGAUACAGAUGAGAUUCUUUAUCUAUUCAGUUUCGAAUCACAACCGGAAGGUAAACGUCGAUAUCAAGUUGCUGACAUAGAUGUUUUUAUUCACGAAUAUUACCAAUUGCCAGCCAAUCAACGGCACACCUAUGAAAUCAUCAUUGACAAGAAACCCUCGAAGCUCUAUUUCGAUCUUGAAUACGAUACUGCUGCUAAUCCAAAGCUUGAUGGACCGAAACUAACAACAAAUUUUGUUCAGUUUGUACUGAAUUUCAUGCGAAAACGAAGUGAUGAUUUGGAUUAUUCAAUUAAAGAUGUGCUUGUUCUGGAUUCUACAUCAGCGAAGAAAUUUAGUCGUCAUUUGAUUUUUCAAACGAAAGAUCCAUUUCUUGAUAACAUUGCCGUCGGCAAAUUCGUCAAUCUCAUUUUAGAAGAUGUUCAUGGUUGCUUAAUCAACCAUCAAUGUCCUGCUGUUCUCAAUUCUCCUGCAUCUCAAGUUCAACGAUCUCAAUCUCAUUCUGAUUCGUCAGUUUUCGCUCGAAAUCUUCUUACCAGUCUAGAACCUUAUUUAUAUCGCUUUGAACAAUGUGAUUGCAUUGAUGACUAUUCACAAAUUAAGUUCAAAGACAUUGUUGAGUUUAUCAUUAACAAAGGAGACGGAAGUGGAAUCGCCUGGUUCUGCGAUAUGGGUGUUUACACGAAAAAUCGAGCAUUUCGUUUACUUCAUUCAAGUAAAUUUGAUAAACACGAAUGUUUUACCGUUGCACCGGAAAAUCAAUGGAAACCUAUCCUACGACCUUUGCAUACAUGUUCAGCCGUGCCCAGUGAAGCUGAGCGACAGAUAUUUAUGGCAUCACUCGUCUAUUUCAAUAAACCAAUUCGACGUUUCAUCCAUGUCGACGAUGAAAUCCUAACAGCGAGCAAGACGGUUCUACCGCGUAAUCAACGUUCUGCUCAGUCAUCUUACACAACCGAAGAUAUGAAAAAGAUAUCAUUGGAUUAUCCAGAACUGGUUCACUUCAUGACUGACGUAGCCUGUGACAAGAGAACCAACAAAGAUGACAUGUGUAUGAGUCGAUUGUAUAAAGCAAAAGAAAUUCAAAAUGAUUUUCGCUGGGAAAUUAGUUUUAUGUAUGUUGGCAAUUAUCGAUACUGCGAACGAAUUCGUCGUCAUCAUAAGCAAAACAAUAUCUAUUUCGUUGUUGAUAUGCGCAAAGGUACUUAUCGACAGAAGUGUCAUGAUCCAGAUUGUAAAACAUUUCAAGGAAUUGAACGAAAACUACCAGUGAAUGCCACCCCGUGGUUAAUGAUGCUGGAUGAAGAUUGGGAAAACAAAGGAUUCUAG